UGUAUUCCAGUGACAUACAAAACGUAAACAAAAAAAAGUAAAAUAAAACCUCUUGUGAAGGAGCUCCGGUGUGUUCUUUCGUAACAAUAAUAACUAAUCUACACCAUGAACGCAUUGGCCAAACUGAAAUCCAUCACACCAUCCUUAAAUCAGAUUGUCCGUACGUACGCAUUGAAGUCCGAUCUGAAAAUUAAAUGGGUUCGUCCGGAGAAGAUACCGUGCUACAAACCAGAAAAGUCGGGUGAUUUGCAGGCACUGCCAAAACUUGCCGGCACCGAACUGAUGAAAGACUACCGCGAAUCGAAAGAGCUGGAAACAGCGAACGAGCACGUUCGAAAUCUAUUCACCCUGGAGCACAAUCGGCGCCGGGAGAUGGUAGAAAACUUUAAAGAAGCCAUGGUUCGAAAAGUGUACCGACACGAUCUGGAUUAUGGUUCCAUGGAGGCGAAACUGGGUCUUAUGACGGCAAGGAUACGCAGCUUGCAAGAUUACAUGGAACAGUACCCGCGGCAGUCCGUAGUGAAGGUACAGUUGAAGGAAUUGAUUGACAAACGCAAGCGUUUCCUUCGUUAUCUACGGCGCUGGGAUUAUCGUCGAUUCGAGUACGUACUGGAAAAGCUUGACCUUGUUUACAAACCCUACCCAACGCAUUUUCACUGGAUCACCCGUAAAGAUUCGUUACGCAAACUGACCGACAUUCACUGCGAACAGAUCAAGGAGACUCGACUGGAAGAGUAUCGAAAACAGCUGGAAUCGCAGCAGCUAGACUUUCUGGAAAAGAAGCUAAAAACACUAGAAUUCAUCCGCAAAGAACAGACCGAGUGUCAAGUACCGGUGACGGUAACGAAAGAGGAAAUCCAAGCCGUCCGCAAGCAGUACGAUGAGUUGAAGCAAAAGCGAACAGCAUUGGCAGAAAGCUUAAAACAGGCGGAAGAAUCAUAAACCAUAGUGUUGAAUGAAGAGUGGGAAUAGUGUUCCCAUUUCGUUUCUGUUCAUUUUAUUGUAUAAAAAAUACAUUAAUACGAAUAAAGUUAUUAGACUUGA